AUGGCGCUGGGGCCGCUCCUGGCGCUGCUGCUGGCGCUGGGGGGGCUCUGGGGCUCCCUCCGCCUCCUCCCCCGCAUCCGGGACACGAGCGGGCACCUCCGCGGCUUCCCCCGCCCGCCCUGGCGCGGCUGGGUCCUGGGGCACAUGGGAAUGGCCAAGAGCUCGGAGGAGGGCCUGGAGCAGGCGGAGGCGCUGGCGGCCCGGUACCGGCGCGGCUGCCUCUGGUGGUUCCUGCCCUGGCUCCCGGUGCUGCGGCUCUUCCACCCCGACACGCUGCGCCCCGUGCUAACGGCCGCAGCCUCCAUCGCCCCCAAGGUCCCGCUCUUCUACGGCUUCCUCCAGCCCUGGCUGGGGGACGGGCUGCUGCUGAGCCAUGGGCGCAAGUGGGUGCAGCACCGGCACCUCCUGACCCCCGCCUUCCAUGGGGACCGGCUCAAGGCCUACCUGGGGGUCUUCAACCAGAGCACCCGCGUCAUGCACGUGAGCACCCAUAACGCACCCAGCACCUGUACUGCACCCAGCACCCUGCACCCAGCACCCAGCACCCAUCCUGCACCCAGCACCCAUCCUCCCAGUGAGUACAUCAAGGCCAUACUGGAGCUGAGCAGGUUGGUGGUGCGGCGCCAGCAGCACCUUCUCCAUUACCCGUGGUGGCUUUACCGGCUCUCGGGCGAUGGGCGCCGCUUCACCCGGGCCUGUGCCACCGUCCAUGGCUUCACCGCGGCCGUGGUGCAGCGCCGGCGCCAGGCUCUCCAGCGCCUGGGCCACCAGGCUUGGUUGGACCAGCACCAUGGACAGCGCAUGGACUUCAUCGACCUCCUGCUGCUCGCUAAGGACGAGGAUGGGAACACGCUGUCGGACGAGGACAUCGCAGCCGAAGCCAACACCUUCAUGUUUGCAGGCCACGACACCACAGCCAGCGCCUUGGCUUGGCUGCUCUACAACCUGGCCAGCCACCAGCAGCACCAGGACCGCUGCCGCCAGGAGGUCCAGGAGCUCCUCAAGGGCCGGGAUGUGGAAGCCAUCGAAUGGGAGGACCUGUCCCGCCUGCCCUUCACCACCAUGUGCAUCAAGGAGAGCCUCCGCCUGCAUCCCCCGGUGACCGCCGUGUCCCGCUGCUGCACCCAGGACCUGGACACGUGUGAUGGAAGGGUCAUCCCCAAGGGGGUCAUCUGCUUGAUGAGCAUCUAUGGGACCCAUCACAACCCUGAAAUGUGGCCUGAUCCUCAGGUCUACGACCCAUUGAGGUUCAGCCCAGAGAACAGCCAGGGACGGUCCCCAUUGGCCUUCAUCCCCUUCUCUGCUGGCCCCAGGAACUGCAUCGGGCAGAGGUUCGCCAUGGCUGAGAUGAAGGUGGUGGUGGCCCUGACCCUGGCUCGGUUCCGCAUCCACCUGGACACGGAGCGGCCACCGCGGCGCAAGCCCGAGCUCAUUCUGCGCACCGAGGAUGGGCUCUGGCUGCUGCUGGAGCCGCUGCCCAAGGGGGCCUGAGGGACACCAUGGAGAAGCCAUGGGGACACCAUGGAGGAGCCAUGGGG